GAUAGUGAAGGAGUGCAGCGAGAGGGAGUGAAGGGUGCACGCAGGGUGAGUGUGAGUGUUGCUGGAGGGAAUCUGCCCUCCUCCCCGCUCAGCCCUACAGCCCUGGGGUAAGAGGAGCCCCGGAGGGCAGGAGACGGUGGGAUCUGCCCUCUCCACCCCGUGACGGAUGCCCCGGAGCACCUGCCCCUCUCCAGGUGCCAUGAGCGUAGGCAAGAAGCGCAGCGGCUUUCAGAUUACCAGCGUUACCAACGACUACCAGCCCUCCUCCCCCGAGGAGCUCCAUCUCCCCACUUUGUCCCCCAAUGGGCCCCGCUCCCCACCACCCUCACGCUUCCGAGUGGUCCGCCUGGACCAUGACCCCAUGGGAGGAGGUCGAAGGUACCAGAGAGGGCGCUGGACGUGUGUGGACUUUUACCACCCUGAGGUGGGGGGGCAGCAGCGGGCGGGGGCAGGGCACUCUUUGGACUCAGGACUGUCACGUGCCACCCCAAUCCGCUCCCCCCAUUUACUGCCCCCAGGAGCUGGCGGGAAGGCACAGCAAGUUCCACGGUCACAGGGGGCCCCUGUGCUUGGAGUAACCACAGAAAAAGGGACUGGAGCGCAGCUCUCUCCUCCUCCAGAGCCCACGUCUCCCCCGCCGUCUCCUGCCCCCGCACUGCGGAGUGAUUCUCGCCCCGGCAGGCCCGUUUCUGAUGUUUUCAGUGAACGUCUCAUUCUAGCGCGAUCCGUUUUUGGUCUCGGGGAAGAAAGUGAUCACGACAGCGGCUCCAGUAACAGCCUCAUCGCGAUCGACAACAAGAUCGAGCAAGCCAUGGACUUAGUUAAGACUCACCUUCUCUUUGCCGUCCGCGAGGAGGUCGAGAUAUUAAACGAGCAGAUAAAAGACCUCACGGAGCGGAACAGUCUCUUGGAGCAUGAGAACAGUCUCUUGCGCUCUCUCUCUACACCCCAGCAGCUGUCUGAAAUGCAGUCUCGCAUCCAGGCUUCUAGGAAGGGCCUCUGAACUCUCCAAUCCGUGUAGAGAAUGUACCCCAGGGUCACUAAAGUGUUUGCCCCUUCCUAACAUCAGAGGGGCAGACAGCACGGAGUUCUUCCAACCCUGUGCCAGCGGCGCUACCGAGGCCGGGAAGAAGAUGUCUGUCGGAGAAAAAGAGAUCGUCGGGCACCAGAGGGGCAGAUGUCGGGCAGACCGGGGGUA